CAUGUAUAUUUGCCCCGGGAGCGCUGGAGCCGGCAGCAGAAGUUGGCAAAGACGUGAAGAGGUGUUUGUGAUUGUCAGUGACAGGUCCGCCCCGCUCGCAGGCAGCCGGCUAUCGGCGCUCAGAUAAGAAGUGUUCUGGCUGGAAUGAGUAUUUCUGAGGCGGAAUACUGCCGUGUAGAGGAUUCGCAGCCGCCCCGGGGCGCGGGCUUGGACACGGCCGCUUCCCCAUGGGCUCGGGGCGAGAGCGCUGCUGCCUCCCAACCCACAACCACCCCUGCCACAGUUGUCGCCGCGAGUAAAGCGGAGGGGAACGGCGACAGCGAAUCCCGGAUCCGCCGCCCUAUGAACGCCUUCAUGGUCUGGGCAAAGGACGAACGCAAACGGCUCGCCCAACAAAACCCAGACCUGCACAACGCGGUCCUCAGCAAAAUGCUCGGGCAGUCCUGGAAAUCUCUCCCCUUUGACGAGAAGCGCCCGUUUGUGGAGGAGGCGGAGAGACUGCGAGUGCAACACUUGCAAGACCACCCCAACUACAAAUACCGGCCGCGCAGGAAGAAGGCCAGCAAGAAGGUCAAGCGGAUGGAGGGCAGCCUGCUGGCACACGGCCUGACCCGACCCCACGGCCCCGCUCUCAGGACUAGAGCGGGAGCCGGCGGCGACCGGUACAGCCGGGGCCAGUCCGAGCCGAGGGCCGGCGGGCAGCACCACCAACUCGCCUCGCUCGCCCACUACCGCGACUUGCAUGGACUGGGCUCGGAGUUUGACAACUACGGCUUGCCCACGCCCGAGAUGUCUCCCUUGGACGCGCUGGACCCCGUCUUCUUCCCCACUCACGCCCAGGAAGACGGCAACGUGUCCUACGCUGCCUACCACCACCACCACCACCUAGACUACACCACCAGAGAGAAGGCAGACGCCUUGAGCUACCCAGACCAGAUGUCUGCCAACGUGGCCGAGCUGGUGAGGAACCCGCAGCAUCUGUACUACAGCCAGAUGUGCCACGGAGGUCAGGGACUCCUGGGACACCUGUCGCCUCCUCCUGAAGCCCCCCAGCACCUUGACAACAACGUGGAACACUUUGGUCCAACCGAGCUGUGGACUGAUGUUGACCGCAGCGAGUUUGACCAGUAUUUGAACCUGGCAAGGACUCGUGCAGCUGAUAACUCCGGGCAAACCUUUCACGUCGCCCUGUCCAAACUGAAUCCAAGAGGUUGCGAGGAGAGCAGUUUCAUCUCUGUACUGAGCGACGCCAGCAAUGCUGUCUACUACAGCGCCUGUCUCAGCGGCUAGAUCGCCGAACUCAAUCAACGCUGUUCAACUAACUCCCCCUGCAAACAAAAAGAUACACAACAAGUGCUGGAGGAACUCAGCGGGUCAGGCAGCAUCUGUGAUGGGGAAGGGACAGGCGACGUUUCUGGUCGGCGCCCUACUUCAGACUGAAUCUCAUCUGCCCAUUCCCCCCACAAACGCUGCCUACUGCCUAAACUAAUCUGUCCCUGGGACAUUAUGGACAGGCGAAGUAGUUUCGAAAAAGGGACCCUCGUUCAGAUUAAUCAGUCUGAAGAACAGCCCCGACCACAAACGCCUGGCCAUUCUCUCCUCGACCAGACUCUGCCUGACCCGCUGAGUUCCUCCAGCACUUCGUGUCUUUCCCAAGAUUCCAGCACCUGCAGUUUUCAUUUUUGUGUCACCAGUGUUAAGUCCCAGUGCGGGGUUAUUUGCAAUAUACUAUUUUUCUUUUCUUUUUUUAAUUGUAAUUAAACUGUUACUGUAGGUAUAUAUUUACUUCUGUCUCCGCCGAGACAAACAGGCUGUGUCCCACUUGGGGUAAAGGGCGUAAUGAAGUCAACCAGAAAAAAACAAUGAUAAUCGAACAAUGUCGGUGUCCAAAGCAAAUUAAUAAUAAAAAGGGAAUUGUAAUAGUCAGAGGUUAUUCCGACUGGAAUAUUUUGUAUAAACCUUCAUGGAGCAGCACAUACAGGUAGAUAUUUCAUCGAUUCAAGUCCAAAUGUAUUUGUGGAAGGUGGACAAAAAUGCUGGAGAAACUCAGCGGGUGAGGCAGCAAUGUACUUCUCGAGAUCGCUCUUUCCACCUUAUGUGGAUGGAUGCCGCCUGAUAUUUUGGCGCUUUUGAGCCUGAUUAUGCAUCUAACUGGCAGUGUACAGUGCUAACCUGAUCUCACAUACUGUUGUAGUGGUGCUUCUUUUGCUGUAAUUGCAUUUUCUAAAUCUGUUAAUAAAUUCUGUUAUUUAAUAAAUAAAAAACAGAACAACUUGAAAAUUG